AAAUGGGAAUUGCCACGAUGGAUAACAGCACCUCGACUCACUUCUACAGAAACUCCACGAUGCCGGAGAACCCGCUGGAGGUUCAGGUGGUCACCAUCUCUCUGUCUCUGCUGAUCUGCGGCGUGGGGAUCGCUGGGAACGCCAUGGUGGUUUUAGUGGUGAUCCGUAGCAAGCACAUGAUGACUGCAACGAACUGCUACCUGGUGAGUCUGGCGGUGGCCGAUCUGACCGUGCUUCUGGCCGCCGGUUUGCCCAACAUCUCCGAGGUCGUGGCUUCGUGGAUCUACGGAUACGCCGGCUGCGUUUGCAUCACGUUCCUGCAGUAUCUGGGCAUCAACGUCUCGUCUUGCUCCAUCACGGCCUUCACCGUCGAGCGCUACAUCGCCAUCUGCCAUUCCAUCAAAGCCCAGUUCAUCUGCACCGUGUCACGAGCCAAGAAGAUCAUCGCCUGCGUUUGGAUCUUCACGUCUCUGUACUGCAUCAUGUGGUUUUUCCUGGUGGACACGAAUGAGACGGUUUAUGGGAACGGCGUCGUGGUCCGCUGUGGCUAUCGGGUGUCCAGGAACCUCUAUAUGCCCAUCUACUUUCUGGACUUCACCUUGUUUUAUGUGGUUCCUCUCGUCGUGGCUUCGGUUCUGUACGGUCUGAUCGCCAGGGUUUUGUUUCGAGAUCCGCUGCCGUCGAAUCUCUCCGAGCAAAGGCUCUCCGUCCAUCAGAGCCGACGGAAGAGUUCAGUGAAGGUGUCCUGUAAAACUAACAGUGCAGCGACGUCCAGAAAACAGGUGACACAGAUGCUGGCGGUGGUGGUGGUUCUGUUCGCGGUGCUCUGGAUGCCGUACCGGACUCUGGUGGUGGUGAACUCGCUCAUGGACCCGCCGUAUCUCAACACCUGGUUCCUGCUCUUCUGUCGCAUGUGCAUUUACACCAACAGCGCCGUCAACCCCAUCAUCUACAACGCCAUGUCGCAGAAGUUUCGCGCUGCUUUCAAGAGGCUGUGCGACUGCAAGCGCAGGUCAGACCAUCAGGGCCGAGCUGGAAGAUGUGUUUACUACAGCGCCAUGAAAGAUUUCUCCAAUGAAAACACUGCGCAGAGAGCCGAGACGAGGAAGACACACACGCGGGAUCUGAUGUCAGCAGCCUCGGAUUAA